AUGCCUGUUGCUUUGUACUGUAACAGGGUUGCGGGAAUUGUUCUCCCAAACGGAUGGAAACCAUCCAGUUCCAAGGAUCUUAGUGAUGAUUUUCAUCAUUAUUUAACUGCACAAAUGCGGCCAAUGGGAAGCUCGUAUGGGGCAGUUCCUUGGCAAGAAUGGUUUCUCGUGUGUUAUUUCUUUGGCAGAGAUCUCAGCUUCAACAACUUGACAGGCAAUGUUCCGAUCUCCUUGGAGAAGUUGCAAAAACUAGAUUUCAUGUUCUUGACCAGCAACAAGCUUGCCGGACCUAUACCUCACUGGAUUUUGAAAACAAACAGAAAUGUGCAUGAGUCUCUUUUCCUCUUGAGAUUAUCUUUGCCUGCUAACUGUUUCUAUUUCCACAGCCUCAAUCUGAGUCACAUACACAAAUUCAGUCUGCCCAACAAAUUUCUCAAACUUAGCAGGUUGAGACUCAGCUCAGGCAGCAACAGCUGGUACAACUCCCGCAACAGUCUUUAUCUUCAUCGUUCAGUAACUUAUUACACAUUCUUGUAUAUGUCAAAGGUUGCUAUUGUUCAUUGUGUAACUCUUGCAAAUUGGCCACCAUGUAUCAAAGGAAGGCAGAGAUGUCCUGCCAUUCCAACGCUUUCAUCGCAUGACCGAGUUCUAUUCUUCUUCUCUCAAUAACCCAUUUAAUCAGAUUCCUAAAGCCUCUAGGUUUUCUUAUUUCCUAAAUCACCAUGCAAUCAUUGACAUUUAAGUAAAAAGAAGGGAAAAUCAGUUGAAAGUGACAGAACAAAGCUUGUUUUUUCAACUUGUCUAUUGCAAAUUUGCAAUUUCUAUAUUCGGUUAGGGGCUGUUUGGAUUGGUGGAAAUGGAAAAUAAAAAAGUAGCCAAGGAAAACAUCCAUCUUUUUUGUGUUAAAAUAAGCUCUUUGCGGAUUUAAACACUUGAUUUGGGCGACUUGGAUGAAUCAAAGUUCUGUAGGCCAUUUUGGAGAAAAUUUGAAAAAGAUGCAAGUUUCAAUUUCUUUUCUUUCUAGUUUCUUGCUGGAAUAGAUAUAGGAUGAAUUUUAAUCCAUUUAGUAGAUUAGGUCUUUUAAUC